AGGAGUUUGAGCCCGGAGGCUGCAGCGGGCGGGGCACUGGGACUGGCGGCUUCGCGGGCGGAAGGUCGGGCCGGGGGUCAGGGACCUGGAAGGCCGUGAGGCCUGGCGAGGUAGAGGUUCGGAGUUUGCGAGUCCCAUGCGCGGUCCGAGAUCCGUGACCAUCCGAGCGCUGGGCAUCCGUCCAUGCUUACAGAAGGCGCUCAAUACAUGCUCACUUGUGAAUCAGUAAAAUAAAUCGGCAGUCAGGAGAAACAAGACGCAUGCUGAUCUUAAGGUGUUGGGGACAGCAGGGACGCGAGCAUUUAUUGAGCUCUUAUUGUAUACCCCGUUGGCCAGCAUUUGUGUCCAUUUCACAGAUGAAGAAUAAGAGGCCCAGAGAGGUGAAGUAACUUCCCCAAGGCCACACAGAUAAUAAGUGGCCGAGACGAAUUGGAAGCCAGGAGUGUCCCGUUUCAACUUGGUGCCAAAUAGAGCAACUCGGACUCCUUGGAGUGAUUCAGGAGAACCACGGAAGAGGAAGGGCCGUGUCUUCCGUGGACAGGCCACUGGAGCCACCAGCUGUUUGGAACUGAGCUACUGCAGAAAGGGAAGUGAAGAGUGAGGCCCAGGCCCCGUGGGGCUGGAUGGCCGGCAGAUGGCUGGAUCUGCGCUGGGCACUGAGUGUGCUUUGUGUGCUGCUAAUGGUAGAGACAGUGCCUGGGGCCAGGGGCCCGUCCACAGGGGCUCACAUUAGCCCUCAAUUUCCAGCUUCAGGUGUGAACCAGACCCCCGUGAUAGAUUGUCGCAAGGUGUGUGGCCUGAAUGUCUCUGACCGCUGUGACUUCAUCCGGACCAACCCUGACUGCCACAGUGAUGGGGGCUAUCUGGACUACCUGGAAGGCAUCUUCUGCCACUUCCCUCCCCGCCUCCUCCCUCUGGCUGUCACCCUCUAUGUUUCCUGGCUGCUCUACCUGUUUCUGAUUCUGGGAGUCACCGCGGCCAAGUUUUUCUGCCCCAACUUGUCGGCCAUUUCCACCACGCUCAAGCUCUCCCACAACGUGGCAGGUGUUACCUUCCUGGCAUUUGGAAAUGGUGCACCUGACAUCUUCAGUGCCCUGGUGGCCUUCUCCGACCCACACACAGCUGGCCUGGCCCUCGGGGCACUGUUUGGCGCUGGUGUGCUGGUUACCACGGUGGUGGCCGGAGGCAUCACCAUCCUGCACCCCUUCAUGGCUGCCUCCAGGCCCUUCUUCAGGGACAUCGUUUUCUACAUGGUGGCUGUGUUCCUGACCUUCAUCAUGCUCUUCCAUGGCAGGGUCACACUGCCGUGGGCUCUGGGGUACCUGGGCUUGUAUGUGUUCUAUGUGGUCACUGUGAUUCUCUGUACCUGGAUCUACCGAUGGCAACGGAGAGGAUCUCUGGUCUAUUCCAUGCCAGUUACUCCAGAGAUCCUUUCAGACUCCGAGGAGGACCGGGUAUCUUCUAAUACCAACAGCUAUGACUAUGGUGACGAGUACCGGCCGCUACUGUUCUACCAGGAGACCACGGCUCAGAUCCUGGCCCGGGCCCUCAACCCCCUGGAUUAUAUGAAGUGGAGGAGGAAGUCAGCGUACUGGAAAGCCCUCAAGGUGUUCAAGCUGCCCGUGGAGUUCCUGCUGCUCCUCACCGUCCCCGUCGUGGACCCGGACAAGGAUGACCGGAACUGGAAACGGCCCCUCAACUGUCUGCAUCUGGUCAUCAGCCCCCUGGUCAUCGUACUGACCCUGCAGUCGGGGACCUACGGUGUCUAUGAGAUAGGCGGCCUCGUUCCUGUCUGGGUCGUGGUGGUGAUCGCAGGCACAGCCUUGGCUUCAGUGACCUUUUUCGCCACAUCCAACAGCCAGCCCCCCAGGCUUCACUGGCUCUUUGCUUUCCUGGGCUUUCUGACGAGUGCCCUGUGGAUCAACGCGGCCGCCACAGAGGUGGUGAACAUCCUGCGGUCCCUGGGCGUGGUCUUCCGGCUGAGCAACACCGUGCUGGGGCUCACGCUGCUGGCCUGGGGGAACAGCAUUGGAGAUGCCUUCUCGGAUUUCACGCUGGCCCGCCAGGGCUACCCUCGGAUGGCGUUCUCCGCCUGCUUUGGUGGCAUCAUCUUCAACAUCCUCGUGGGCGUGGGGCUGGGCUGCCUGCUCCAGAUCUCCCGGAGCCACACAGAUGUGAAGCUGGAGCCAGACGGACUGCUGGUGUGGGUCCUGGCGGGCGCCCUGGGGCUCAGCCUCGUCUUCUCCCUGGUCUCAGUCCCACUGCAGUGCUUCAGGCUCAGCAGAGUCUACGGCUUCUGCCUGCUCCUCUUCUAUGUGAACUUCCUCGUUGUGGCCCUCCUCACUGAAUUUGGAGUGAUUCACCUGAAAAGCAUGUGACUGAAGCCACUUAGUGCUGUGGCCUCACUGCUGGCAAGAGCCCCGCCCUCCUGCCAGGGGAGGCCUGGGACCAGAGCAUUUCUGCAGGGCUCCUGUGGGCACAAGUGCGCGGCCCUUGCUGCUGGAUAUCUGAGGUCACUGCUGUGAGCUGAGAGAACUGCUCUGUCCCUCUCACUGCCAGCACCCAACAGCCUUGCUGUGGGGACUUUGGAAACCAGGCUUUGCUCUGGACAAAGGGUUCCAGAGAGAAGCUAGAAGGCACCCUUGAAUGACCCCCAGAACCCCUCUGAGAAGGGCUGGGGUUUGGGGAAGAUUGGCUGGGUGUGUUCCAGGCCAUGCUGGAGGCACCCGAGACACAGGCGCUGCCCAUUCCCCUUGCCUGAGCUUCAGGCCUACUAGCACCUUCUCAGGGCACAAGUGGCUGCCCAGCCCUCAGAGAAUGAGGGUGGCUCAGACCCCAGGGAAUCAGGCCACUGAGGGCUGGGCUCCAGAGCCGCACUGUCUGCCAGAAACAAAACUCAAGACGUACUUAAUUUUGAAUUUCGCCUUGCCACGUUUAUAAAGCCAAAAGCAGCGGGUGCCAUUCGUGGCGAUACACUUCACUGAACCCACUUGCUCCAAAAACACCAUCAGCCCAAGGCACUGCUAUGCCCGCAGCUGCCACAUGGGGCGGCGGUCAGACGCUUCCUCUAGGAUUCCGCCCCUGACUGCCCACAAGUCCUUUGUUUGUGCCCGAGCCUUUGCUUCUCCAGCUGCCAAGCAGAAGUCCAUAGGACUGUGCCUUUGCCUCCCUCGGGGGGGUCCCUGAGUGGGCUCCACGGCCUGUGAGCUGGGGAAGGACAGAUGGGGAGCCCUCGUGCCUUCCUGCUGUCAUGCUGUGACCCCGCCUUAUGUUGCCAAAAUAAGCAACUCUUAGGUUUGCAACUGCCUUAUGCUGGGAAUGAAAAAAAUAAAACUUUUUUACAAAUAAAAAAAUAAUUCAAAAUUUCGAGUGUAGA